CUUAUUUAGUUAUAUUUUUUCGAUUUGAGCAAUCCCAUUGGCUGUGUGCUAGAAAUUAUACAAAAUUCCAAAAUAAAUCCACGUAAUCCACUACAAAAAUACCCAAAAAAUGUGCUCGAGGACGCGUUGGGGACGCAUCGAUCCCAGUUUGCAGGUCAGCCUGGUGCCAGGACCAUCCAGCAGGGUCAUCAAGUUGAACAACAAAACGCUGCCGCGGCGCGUGGAGCAGCAGCUCCUUUUGAUGGCUUCGCCGUCGCCGUUCCUCAACUUCAUGAACAAGUUCCGGCUGGACGAGAUCCUGAUCAACCAUCAGUACAGGGGCGUCUACAGCAUGCGCACCGCGGCCACCAUCACCGAGUUGGCCACGUACACGUGGAACGUGAUGUCCGUCUCCGAUCGCCAGCCGUACAUCCGGCUGGCCAGGAAGGCGCAGCAGAUCCAGCUGGCGCGUAAGCUGCACUUUCUGGGCACUAGCAAUCGGCUGGUGAUCAAGCAGGACUCCUAAUGUCCUGGCAGUCGAAUGUUUAGAGCAGUCUUGGCCCUUGUUUAGUAGCAUUAUAUAUAGUUGGAAUAUAGUUUUGAAUAAAUAGUCAUUUUUAACUGGUA